GAUCUUUGAUUGCGAUUUUCAAACGCAUAUCGGGAUUGCGAUUUUCAAACGCAUAUCGGGAUUGCGAUUUGUGUUGAACUACAGACGCAAUCCCUAAUACAAACACAAGUUCCCCCUCCAGAAUACAAACUCCAAUUCCUUCACAGUUUCAAAGCCCUAGUCGUCAUUCCCCUCAAAAAUCUUCUGAUUUUAGUUUUGUACUUUGAAUUUCAGUUGGAAGAAAUGAUGGUUGCCCAUUCCAUGUCUCGUCUUCUUUCUUGUUCCUCUCCAGUCUGAAAUUUCCAGUGAAGAAAAGAACCUCAAAAAGUCUCUCCAGCUUACAAAAAUGUCCCAAUUUUGGAAACCAGGAACUGAACGUCCCCGUCUUGUAGAUGAUGAAGAGGGUGGUGUUCUGCUCUACCCCACUUCUUCUUCCUCUUCUUCCUCCGGAUUUGGUUAUGGGAGUUUAGAGAAGCAAAGGCAGAGGCUACCUGUGUACAAGUACAGAACUGAUAUCCUUUACUUAGUGGAGACUCAUGCCACUACCAUUAUUGUUGGAGAAACUGGCAGUGGCAAAACCACUCAAAUUCCUCAGUACCUCAAAGAAGCUGGCUGGGCUGAGGGAGGGCGUAUGAUAGCAUGCACCCAGCCAAGGAGGCUGGCAGUCCAGGCAGUUGCUUCAAGAGUUGCCGAAGAAAUGGAUGUUAAACUUGGUGAAGAAGUUGGUUAUACUAUUCGAUUUGAAGAUAUCACAAAUGAGGAAUUAACUAGGGUCAAAUUUCUUACUGAUGGAGUUUUGCUGAGGGAAAUGAUGGAUGAUCCUCUAUUGAGCAAGUAUAGUGUGAUAAUGGUGGAUGAAGCCCACGAAAGGUCCCUCUCGACGGACAUCUUAUUGGGACUACUGAAAAAGAUUCAAAGGCGUCGUCCUGAGCUGCGUAUUAUAAUAUCAUCGGCUACGAUUGAAGCAAAAUCAAUGGCUGCUUUCUUUAAUACCAGCAAAAAACGACGAGAGCAGGAGCAAGGACCAACAAUAGAACCUGCUAUUCUGUCAGUUGAGGGUAGGGGAUUUAAUGUGGAGAUAUUCUAUGUUGAUGAUCCUGUUUCUGAUUACGUUCGGGCCGUUAUUUCUACAGUGUUGUCGAUCCAUGACCAGGAGCGGACGGGAGAUAUCUUGGUGUUUCUCACUGGUCAAGAUGAUAUUGAUGCUGCAAUACAGUUGCUCACCGAAGAAGCCCAAAGUAGUGGGAAGCAAGGACUGGUUGCUGUGCCACUAUACUCGGGGCUUCCUCGAGCAGAUCAGGAUCUUGUGUUUUCCCCUACUCCUAGAGGAAAAAGAAAAGUGAUAUUUUCAACGAAUAUUGCUGAGACGUCAUUGACUUUAGAGGGAAUUGUCUAUGUCGUUGAUAGUGGGUUCUCAAAACAACGGUUCUACAACCCGAUUUCAGAUAUUGAGAAUUUGGUAGUGGCACCAAUAUCGAAGGCAUCUGCUCGACAAAGGGCUGGUAGAGCUGGAAGAGUUCGACCUGGGAAGUGUUUUAGGCUCUACACAGAAGAUUAUUUUGCCAGUGAGAUGUCUAUUGUGGGAAUACCGGAGAUACAGAGAUCAAACCUUGUUUCCUGUGUCAUCCAGUUGAAGGCCUUAGGUAUUGAUAAUAUCUUGGGUUUUGAUUGGCCAGCUUCUCCAUCACCUGAAGCGAUGAUAAGAGCGCUUGAAAUACUGUACUCACUUGGAGUAUUAGAUGACGAUGCCAAACUUACUUCACCUACUGGGUUUCAAGUUGCAGAGUUUCCACUGGUAUGUUUCUAAUUGGCCAUCUCAUAUGCACCAUAAAAUUUCCUCAUGUGUUUCUUAUUUGCUGUUCAGCAAAACUUUUUUCAGUUCUAGUAAUAUUACUUGCAAGUUGGAUUCUUCCCGUCAAAUUUACAAUUCUAUUAGCCUUUUAUGACACUUCUCACCAAACACUACCUCUCUCCCCCCAUUCACCAAUAAAGGAUAAAAGAAAUCCAUCAUACAAGAGUAAUGACCAAGGACUAUUUAUGCAUUUACAAAAAGUAAAGUAGCGCCUAGGGGUGUGGCCUAGCGGUCAAUGAAAUGAGAUGAGAAUCAUAGGAGACCCGGGUUCAAAUCCCAACAGAGGUAAAAAAUGCUAGGUGACUUUUUCCUAUUUGCCUAAGUCUUGGUGGGCAAAGUUACCCCUAUAACUGUGUUGGUGGAAGGUAGCAGGUACCUAGAGUAAACUAAACACACACCAUUAUAAAAAAAAAAAAGAAGCAAGGGACUAGGUAAAGUAUGGAGGGCAAGUUUCAUAGAUCUCAUCAUCAUCAUCUAUCGACAUGAGUGUGCCCAAACCAUGCCCUGUACUUAGGAGUAAAUGUUAUGGUAACUUAUUGUUGCCUUUUUCUAUUCGUUAAUUUCACUAUGAUCAUUGAAAAUAACCACCAAAUCAAUCUAUUAUGGUCUACGCUUCACACCCAUGCUAGUUGAGGUCAUCUGCAUAAAUUAUUUAUUGUCAUUCCACUCUUAUUGAGCUUGAUUUCAUUCCAAUACUAAAAAUUCGGGAUUCUCUAAAAACUAAGGUUAUCUAAUUUUUUUUUUUGAUGAAGUAAAUUAUAUUCAUCAGAAGACAUCAAGAAAAUGCGAAGAGUACAAAAGAGAUUGGAUAAUCAGCUCUAGUACAAAAGCCUAUGCUACUAUCAGGGAGCUAAUAAAAUCUACAAAAAUAGCUGUUAACAGGGGUGAGAUAGUUCCAACUGAGCAGAUUAACAGAGUCUUGAAGGAGUAGAUUGGAGUUGAAAUGCUAUCAAAACACCUUCGGUUCUUUCUUCCCAGAUACACCAAAAAAUUACUACUGGCACCAUUUUCCAGAAUUUCAUGCUUAUUCUUAUGU